AUGGAUGGGUCUAAGGAGCGACAGUUCUUUGGAUGGGGUUUAGUCCUGCGUUCAACCACCCAACACCCUGAUUUUGUUCAGGAGUGCAUGAGUUUUGUCUCGGGAGGUUUUAUCCUCGAGGAAAAACAAUCGAAUUUAGUUACCAAAUUCUGGUCAGCACAACAACGGAAAUUUGUAGCCAUAACUGAACGCUCGGUUUUGUUGGAGGAACUUACUACCUCCACCAUACGCUCGACUCUCCAACAAGAUAAACAAGUACAUUUGGUGCGGGAGAAGGUUACGGGACGCCUAGAAAUUAUGGAAGAUGAUUGUUCGUACAAACGUCAAGAAGAGGCCAAAACUAUCAGCGAUGAUACGGAGGACGAUGAUCCAUUCAUAAACAAUAAUAGAGCCGAAGCAUCAUCAGGUUCACAUACGCCUCCUCAUCAAAUUGUUACAAAUGGAAACAUCCAAGAAAUAUCGAUCAAUGAAAAUAUAUUAAUAAUGUCCGCUAAAAACUUAGCGAGACUUGAUGAAUCCAAGUAUCUCGGCGAAUUUAUUCCACAUUUUAUAAAAUAUAAGGAAUUAGAAAAAAAUAAUACAUUUUCUUGUGCUAACGAUGAUGUAAUGGAUAUUCGAGGAGAAAGUGGAGAGGCCAAAUUACCAGAAGAUUGGCAUAAUACAGUUGAAGACUAUUAUAAGGAGACAACAAAAAGCGGAUCAAAAAAGAGUAUAACUGAUUGGAUUCGCGUUACAGAAGAGCUAAAUGUUUUAAAAGAAGAAGAUAACAAAGAGCUAGUAAAAUUAAAAAAAUAUUUAAAUCGAGUUAUGCUUCCAUUGGUCGAAUCAUUUACAAAGCCAAUUCCAGAUAUAAAUGCCUCAGACACCAGCGAACAUCAUUAUUGGUCAGAAUUUGGCCAUCGUUUUUUUUCGAAAGCGUUACAAGACUUUGUUGGUCUUGAUUGGAGGGCCAUGGAAGUCCCUGUAAUGGCUUCCAAAUAUAGAAAAAAUUACGGGCAUAAUCACGCUACAGACAAAAUAGUUGAUGGAAAAUAUGCAGACUUGCUGGCAAGGAUGUGGACAAAUAACGAAGAAAUUUUUAUUGGAGAACAAGCCGGGUCACCUAGUCAACCUGACCUCACAAAGUUAGCGACGGAUUCUUUUAAAUUAUAUCGGGAAAUGCGGGAUUGUCUGAAUGUUAGAAUCUUAAAGGCUAUGGGGAAAGAGGACAUAAAUUAUAAUAAUCGUAAAGACGGAGUGUACGUAUAUGAGGAAUUUGGAAGUUUACAUAUUGCUUCUAAUCUGGAUCAAAUUCCUAUGAUGAAAACAGAUAUGUUAAAAUUACUGGAAUUUAUGAUGAUCAUUAAAACAGAAGUAGAAAAUACUAUGACAACAAAAUAUAAGGGUGAUACAAUACAGAUUUUGAAGAGAAAAUUUAAUGACCUUAUCUCAACAAAGUCAUCACCAACGAAGGUCCCAAAAGUUAAGAAGUGA